GAAGGAGCGCGCACGAAACUAACAGUGCUGCAGAGCUCCCACGUUUCAUCAGAUCUUCGUACUUUGCUUCAGCCAGUUUCGACGCCAGGUGUUCAAGAUGUUUCGACCAGUCGCUGUGUGUCUUGCACUCUGCCUCGUGGCAGUCGGCGUUGUGCACGGAGAUCAGUCGGAUGACCUCCGUCUGAGGGAAUUGCUGACUCGCUAUCUGGAGAAGACCACCGAAUCCAAGAGAACACCGUAUCUCGAUGUCUGCCUGAGGCAGAAAUCAGGACUUAACUGCCAUGACAUGACUUGCUAUUCUGAGUGGGUAGCAAAGCCGGAGGAUGAGCAGACACUCGGUAGUAAGUUUUCGGCCCAUGCGACUGUUUGGGGGUCGUCAUAUACGCUUAGCGCAACUCGAGAUUAUCAGCCACUUGGCGAUAAGAAAGAAACUAUCACCAACGCUGCUGGUAAAACGAUUGUGUUGGAUUUCAGAGACAAAUCACGAGCCGCCAAGGUGACCUUCACACUGGGCAGCGAUGGCAAGCCCGCCUCCGUCUGUUACUACAUGGAGUAUAAGCCCCGCGGUAAAGUUUUCUUCAGUCAGGAAUACAUUGGCUAAGUUAUGAACGAGUAUUUAGGACCAGAAAGUGAACAACAAUUGUUUACACUUCUCAAAAUUUGGCUUUGAAUUAUCGGCAUUGAAAACUGCAUGGCGCGUCUAUUAAUUACUCGUACAUUUCUUUUUAUUUGCAGAGUGGUGUUAUUACUCAUCAGCCCUACUAAUUUUUUUUGGAAAAUUGUAUCUGUUAAUUUGCGGUGAGGGAGUUUUUGUUUUAAUUGAUACUGAAGUUAAAUUACUCUAAUCUCCCAAGGUCAAUGCCAUGUUGCUGUGCCGUAACUAUAUGUAUUGGGUAUUUUUAUGUAAGAAAUCGUACUGAUUAAGGACAGCUAGUUCAUUGAUUGUACUCAAUCGGCAAUGAAAGUCAAAGAAGCUGACGGCAACACUAAAGCCUGAUUUGUAAUUCAGAACUCGGAGGUAUGUGGGUAGACAUUGUGUCGACAUUUGUUAUUGUCAUUCGCAGCGGAACUUGUUCUCUCGAUAUUUGUACUAUUUUACGGGAUAUUCUGUGCAUCGUAAGGAUUUCCUGGAUGUUAAAUGUUAUACUUGACUUGCUAUUUUUCCAGUAUUGGUUUUCAAAGGUGGCUGAAAACUAACGUUACUCUAUGGGGUUUUUGAUUUGUUUUGUUAAUUUAGGCUGAAUGUAACCGGUCUCAGUGAUUCCCAUUACUUAAACCGCUCGAGUGCUUAUUAAAAUUACUCUCAGUCAUUGCAAA